UGAAGUUUUCCAUAUCCACCAUUGAUUAUCCAAAUUCAUUUCAGUGUUCAUCAUGGAGCUUGAUUUCCCUUCCUCCUUGAUCCUACUCAUCUUCAUUUUCUUCAUGUUUAGGGUACUCAAAACAUGGAAGAUGUCGAAUUCAACCAAAAAUCUGCCUCCCGGGCCAUGGAAGCUACCUUUGAUUGGAAACUUGCACCAAUUAAUUGGCUCUCAACCUCACUAUGCGCUACAAGACUUGGCAACGAAGUAUGGACCGUUGAUGUACUUACAACUAGGAGAAGUUCCUACUCUUGUAGUUUCUUCUGCAGAAUAUGCUAAAGAAGUAAUGAAAACUCACGACGUUGUCUUUGCUUCGAGGCCUCGCUUGAGCGCAGUCAAGCUUAUCACCUAUGAUUUCACAGAUAUUGUUUUUGCACCAUAUGGUGAAUACUGGAGACAACUACGGAAGAUCUGCACAAUGGAGCUAUUGAGCAUGAAACGAGUCCAGUCAUUGCGGUCCAUAAGAGAGCAAGAGAUGUCAAAUUUCGUUGAAUGGAUUUUCUCGAAUGCAGGAUCCCCGAUAAACCUUACCGAAAAAGUAUUCUCGUCGACAUACAUGAUUGUUUCUAAGGCAGCAUUUAGUAGGGAUUAUGGUGAGUUGCAGCAAAAAUUCACGUCACUCAUGAAGGAAAUUGUACAAUUGUCAUCAGGAUUCAACGUGUCAGCGGUGUUUCCUUCCAUGACAUUUCUUCGCCUGAUUAGUCCGGCGAACGCUAAAAUUGUGAAGAUACAUCAACAGAUGGAUGGGAUUCUUGGAUACAUUAUCAAUGAACAACUAAAGCUCAAGGCGACAUCGAUGACUGGUAACCGCGAAGAAGAUCAAGAUUUCGUAAAUGUUCUUUUGCAGUUUCAUGGGCGGGGUGACCUUGAUGUUUCAUUGAAUAUCGAAAAUAUCAAAGCAAUAAUCUUGGACAUUUUUUCUGCUGGAAGUGAAACAUCAAGCAUGACGGUUGACUGGUCUAUGGUAGAAAUGCUGAGAAACCCAAGAGUGAUGAAAAAGGCACAAGCAGAGGUGAGACGGGUUUUCGAUAGCAGAGGAAGUGUUGAUGAGGCAGGCAUUGUAGAACUGAAAUAUUUGAAGCUAGUCAUUAAAGAAACACUAAGAUUACACCCUCCGGCGCCAUUACUAAUUCCAAGAGAAAAUGAGGACAGGUGUGAAAUCAACGGAUAUGAAAUACCUAGCAAAACUAGAGUGAUGGUGAAUGUAUGGGCUAUUGGAAGAGAUCCCAAGUAUUGGACUGAACCCGAAAGAUAUUACCCGGAAAGGUUUCUCAAUAGCCCGAUAGACUUCAAGGGGGCUAACUUCGAAUACAUCCCAUUUGGCGCUGGAAGAAGGAUAUGUCCUGGCAUGACGUUUGGUCUUGCUAAUGUUGAGCUUUCGCUCUCACAGUUGUUGUACUAUUUUGACUGGAAACUUCCCAACGGAAUGAACCCUGAAGAUCUCACCAUGACCGAAGAGUUCGGUAUAACAAUUAGAAGAAGAGAUGAUCUCUACAUAAUCCCAACUCCUUAUCACCCUUCACCUAGUCACCAAACCUUCAAAGCCAAUGUUUGACCUUAAUUUCUUUCAUGAGGAUUCAUAAGUAGUUUGUAUCAGUUCAUAUAUGGUUUGUUGUGUCAAGUUUAGCAGUAUUGUGUGUAUCGAUCCUCUAUUGAAACUAGUGUUAAACAUUGCAGUUUUUGUCUGA